CGAAGACUAAAAGACACAAGUCAUCUGCACUCCAGCAGCCUGUAGUAGUGUGAGAUGGCUGGAAGCAGGGAUGCGGGUAUGGGAGGGGGCGCAGCCGGAGCUCACGUUCAUUAACGACCACCGAUAACCGGGAAGCCUCCGCCGGCAGCAGCACAGCGACACGCAGCCGGGGAAGAUGGUCGCAGUGCAGACGUCCCUGAACUCGUCUCCAACGGCGGAGUGGGUCUGCUGUCUGGAUAAAAGGCCUUCAGAGCGUUCAGGGGAAGAUGUGGACAUUAUUCUGACGAGACUGAGAGGGGUCAAAACAUUCCAGAGGUUUCCAGCUCCACUUCUGCUACAGAUCUCCACCUGCGCCUUUUAUGAAUGCCUGGAGAAAGGCAUCACAUUGUUUCGACAGGGAGACAUAGGCACUAGUUGGUAUGCUGUUCUGUCUGGCUCCUUGGAUGUCAAAGUGUCAGAAACCGCUAAUCAUCAGGAUGCAGUCACAAUCUGCACCCUGGGGAUUGGGACGGCCUUCGGGGAGUCCAUCCUGGACAACACACCUCGCCACGCUACCAUCGUCAGCAGAGAGACCAGUGAGCUACUCCGAAUCGAACAGAGGGAAUUCAAGACCCUCUGGGAGAAGUACCGUCAGAGCCUGGCCGGACUGUUGGCCCCACCCUAUGGAGCCAUGGAGAGUGGAUCAAACAACGACAGACUGACAGACAAAGACAACAUGAACUCAGACUCUGGAAACAAGGCUCACAGCAAGGUUCCCUCGGAGAAGCUGCAGAGAGCAGGAAAGGUUCUCCGUAAUGCCAUCCUGUCCAGAGCGCCGCACAUGAUCCGUGACAGGAAAUAUCACCUCAAAACAUACAGACAAUGCUGCGUAGGGACAGAGCUGGUGGACUGGCUGGUGAUGCAGAGUGCCUGUGUGCUCACACGCUCCCAUGCUGUCGGGAUGUGGCAGGCGCUGCUGGAGGAAGGAGUGCUUAAUCAUGUGGACCAGGAUCUGGGCUUCCAUGAUAAGUACCUCUUCUAUCGCUUUCUUGAUGAUGAGGAGGAGGACACGCCGUUACCUAGCGAGGAAGAGAAGCGAGAGAGUGAGGAAGAGCUGCCGGAGACCAUCCUUUUUCUCGCCCAGAUCGGCCCGGAUGCACUGCUGCGCAUGAUCCUAAGGAAACCGCCUGGGCAGAGGACAGCCGAUGACCUAGAGAUCAUCUAUGAUGAGCUGCUUCACAUCAAGGCCUUAUCUCACCUCUCCAACACUGUGAAGAGGGAACUGGCGAGCGUUGUGAUUUUUGAAUCACACGCAAAGGCUGGAACUGUGUUGUUCAACCAAGGAGAGGAGGGUACAUCAUGGUACAUCAUCCAGAAGGGCUCUGUAAAUGUGGUCAUCUAUGGCAAGGGGGUGGUGUGCACCCUCCAUGAGGGCGAUGACUUUGGCAAGCUAGCCCUGGUUACAGACUCACCUCGUGCUGCCUCCAUCGUCCUGCGAGAGGACAACUGCCACUUCCUCCGUGUGGAUAAGGAGGACUUCAACAGGAUACUCAGGGAUGUGGAAGCCAACACAGUGCGUUUGAAAGAGCAUGAACAAGCUGUGCUGGUUUUAGAAAAAAGUCCCAGGUCGUCCACGUUGGGAAGCAUCAAAUACACUGUGAUAUCAGGAACACCAGAGAAGAUUCUUGAACACUUCCUGGAGACUAUGAGACUGGACAUCCAUCACAACGAACCAGACCCGGCAGUGGAUGAUUUUGUUCUCAUGCAUUGUGUCUUCCUGCCAAACAGCCAGCUAUGCCCUCUACUUAUGGCACACUACCACGUGGUCUCCCCGCCGGGCUCUGAACAGGAGAGGUUGGAGUACACACUCAACAGCAAAAGGAGGGCCCUCAUUCUGACUCUGCGCUGGGCAAACUCACACACUUAUCUGCUGCAGGAGGAGCCGGCUGCCAUCUCUUUCCUGGAGGAGCUGUAUGGAAGUGUCUCCAAUGAUUCUCGGACACUGAGAGGCCUCAAAGACUUGGUGCUUGACCUUGAAAAAGUGGUGAAAUUACAUUCAGAAGAGGUCAAGUCAACAAAAAAGAGAACCCUGAUUCGGCAGUUCAGCAAUGGGGAGGAAAGGCUGCAGAAGAAGCAACCCAUUAGGAAUCAAGAUGACAUCCUCUUGAAGGUCUACUGCAGUGACCACACCUACACUACAAUUAGGAUCACAGUGGCAGCGACUGGGAGGGAGGUGAUCAGCGCUGUCUCAGAAAAACUCGGGACCACUCAAGAGCUCGUGCUGGUCCAUCUCAGCUCUGCUGGCGAAAAGCAGCUCUUGAAGCCCAAUGAUGUGUCGGUGUUUUCAACGUUGAGCAUCAAUGGCCGCUUAUUUGCCUGUCCGCGAGAACAGCUCAGCAGUCUGGCUCCUCUUCCAGACCAGGAAGGUCCCUCCGCCGGCUCCAUGUCGACCUUUGAGCUGAUGAGCUCCAAGGACUUGGCUUAUCAAAUGACCAUGUUCGACUGGGAGCUCUUCAGCUGUGUCCACGAGCACGAGCUGCUCUACCACACGUUUGGACGCCACAGCUUUAGAAGAACCACGGCCAACAUGGACUUGUUCCUGAGGAGAUUCAACCAGGUUCAGCUGUGGGUGGUCACUGAAGUCUGCCUCUGCACCCAGCUCAGCAAGAGAGUGCAACUCCUCAAGAAAUUCAUAAAGAUAGCUGCACACUGUCGAGAAUUUAAGAACCUCAAUUCAUUCUUUGCCAUCAUUAUGGGGAUGAGCAACCCUGCUGUCAGCAGGCUGAGCCAGACAUGGGAGAAACUCCCCACCAAGUUCAAGAAGUUUUAUGCUGAGUUUGAGAGCAUGAUGGACCCGUCGAGAAACCACCGAUCUUACCGACUUACUGUUACUAAGCUGGAACCCCCAAUUAUCCCCUUCAUGCCGCUGCUCCUUAAAGAUAUGACAUUUACACACGAGGGCAACAAGACAUUUAUUGACAAUAUGGUUAAUUUUGAGAAAAUGCGUAUUAUAGCAAACACAAUUCGACAAGUGAGGCACUGUCGAAGCCAGCCAUUCAAUCCCGACAUUUGCCAGCCAAACAAGAAUCAGGCGGAGGUACGGGGCUACGUUAGGAAACUCUGCGUGAUCGACAACCAGAGGGCUCUAACGCAGCUCUCCUACAGGCUGGAGCCUCGGCGGACAUGAGCCGCCAACCUUCUACCACCAUCGCCUUCUCUGUGACGUUAGCGUAAAAGACCAACCGCACACACAAACGCAUCAGCUUGUUUGACAUGACUCAGCAAGUGGACUUCUAGUAGCAAACCACUGCAGUGGUUCUUAGAACUAUUACAGACUAUCAAGGAUCGAGGACUUUUACUGUGCCGUAAAACGCCUCUUCCUGUUGGACUGAAGGAAGCUGUUUCAGCUGCUCUCCCGUCGCUCUGUCUUGAAUCCUUGGCCGAGUUUAUAUCGUACCAGUUCGUACCGUUUGCGGACCUGCUAGGUAGAACUGUAGUGUAUAGAACGUGAAUCAAUUACCCUGCAUGACUGAACUUCAUUGGCUUUGUGUUCUAUACAGUGGAUUUCUAUCAGAGUGUCCUGUACUGUUGUGUUAUUCCAGAGGAAGCUCAGUUUACAAUGAAAGACUGUACCUGCCUGUUGAACAAACUUCCCAGUUCCGACGUUAGUGAUUUAGACUUGUUUUUAAAAAAUAUGUAUAUUCUAUUACAUACAUAAAUCUGAGAGUACAUAUUUGCUUAUUAAUCUAAAUUAUUCCAAUCAAUGUAUUUAAAAUCUGUAGGAUAUGAUUGCAAUUACUUAACAGAGUAUUAGUUUGAUCUAAGCCUCCAAAGUGUUUAAAAGGUACACUAAAGUAUUGCUUUUUCUGUCGAGGAGAUAAUAAAUAGCAUCACUGGGUAAUACAAUUGCCUGAUUGGAUCUAUAAUUGGAUACAUCUGCAGAGGAUGGAUUUUUAGUUGACCUUUUGAAGGGAACCCCUGUUGUGUUCAGUCUGUGUGGUUUUAUUUUUUGUACGUGUACAUUUGGACUGCGUGGCAUUACUUUUUCCUUUGUUCUCAGGAUCUUUUGCUGUGAUGAUGUGUUGAGAACUUCAGUGGCUUCCCCGAAAAGCUGCCUGGAAACUGUAUUGUAUGUGUAGUCUGCCUUGUAAAUAAUAAAGAAAAAUUGGUAAUUUA